AUGACAAACAAAUACCUCUCCUCCCUCCAACGCGAUGGCUACGUCCUCAUCCCGUCCCUCCUCGACCCCACCGAAUUAACCAACCUCCGCAAUACCGCCUCCCGCGCCGCAAGUCUUGCCCGCACCGGCUCAUGGCCACACUUUCGUACCGUGCCCAAGCAAUUCCCACCAUGGCCGAAAGACCCCCCGCCAGCGGAGGAGGGCGGUAUCUGGGGCGUGCAGCAUCUGCUGCAUCCCGACAUUGAGGGAAGGAAUGAGUUUGCGGGUGUAUACUUUUCGGAGAAGGUAUUGGGGGUUGUGGAGAAGUUGCUCUUACCGGAUGGUGAUAAGGGAGAAGGGGAGGCGCUGGUCAUGGAGUUGUUUAAUAUGCUUGUCGCGCCUGAAACGAGGGACUUUGAACUGCGCUGGCACAGAGAUGAUAUCCCCGAGACCGCAUCGGCGGAGGAAGAAGAGCGUCUACUACAAGCCAAAUCCCCACAGGGCAGACAAUCGCAUGCACAAUAUAACCUCGCGCUGUGUCCAGAUGCCUCUCUAGUUGUCGUGCCAGGUUCGCAUCGCCGGGUGCGCACUGAAAUCGAGCGUAACGCUGGCCCCUAUGAACCCUCUCUACCCGGACAGAAGGUCGUGGAGCUGCAGCCGGGCGAUGCGGUGUUUUACGAUAGUAAUAUCCUGCAUCGCGGGGUUUAUAAGGGGAAGCCGGCUGAGGGUGCGGAGACGCGUUUGACGCUGCAUGGAAGUGUUGGGUUGAAGGCCUCUGGGGAUCAGAAGGUGAGGGCGACGGCGGUUUUGCAGCAUGGGGUUGGCGCGUGGGUGCAUCGGGAGGAUGCGGCGUUUGAGGUGGGUGAACGGGCUGAACGGAUGAGGGCGAAUCUGGUGGCUAUGGGGACGGGGGAGGGUGUUGGGUAUUCGUUGCAGGGGUAG